UCCCGGGGAUAGGUGGGCGGGGCUGAGAACCCUUCGGCUGGUGGGUGGGGAAUUUCCUGGGAUCUUGUUUAUAUACAUGAGGCUGCGGCUGUUGGGGCACAGUCACAGGACGUGGAGGAUCGGAGGAGCCGUACACACACAGAGCUGCUUAUUCCUUGCUGCGACAUCGUUCACCUUACUGCCGCCAUGCCGGUCACCGUGAAGGCUUACCUGCUGGGCAAAGACGAGAGCCACAAGGAGAUCAGGCGCUUUACCCUCCAGCUGGGCAAGGGCAAGUCUGCCAGCCUGACCUCCAGCUGUGAGCUGCUCACCAACAAGGUGACUGAAGUCUUCCAAGGCCUGAGAGGGGGCACCUUCCAGAUGUUCUACAGAGAUGAAGAAGGAGAUCUUGUCGCUUUCUCCACCGAUGAAGAACUAAACAUGGGGCUGGAAAUGAUCAAUGAUGGGGUUUUCCGUCUGUACAUUAAAGAAAAGAGAGAAUGCAAGCGAGAACACCGCGCACAUUGUGGAUCAGAGAACACCCAGAACUUGGUGCACCCCAAUGUGACCUGUGACGGGUGUGAAGGUCCCGUGGUGGGUAAUAGGUACAAGUGCCUGAUCUGCCCUGACUACGACCUGUGCAGCACCUGUGAGACUAAAGGGAUCCACAAGGAGCACAACAUGAUCAUGUUUCCGACUCCCAUUGCUUUUCCUCAUGGUCGCUGGCUCCGCAAGAUGCGCCAUGGAAUGCCACCGUUUCCAUGGAUGCGUGGUUGGGGGUUCCCAGGCAGAGGACAUCCCUGUCCAAACUUUCAGGAGUCACAGGGAUGCCCCUCCCCAUCUUGUCAGCCCACUGCCCAGGAAGGUGAAUCUGCCAAUCCUUCUCAGCCUUCCAACGAUCCGAAUGUUGCCUUCUUGCAAAAUGUCGGAGAGAGUGUGGCAGCCAUGCUGAGCCCUCUGGGGAUUGAUGUGGACAUUGAUGUGGAACAUGGUGGAAAGCGUAGUAAGGUAAACCCACAAACUGGGUCUGAAACUACAGACUCUCAACCAAGCAGCACAUCCUCUACCCAAAAUCCCCAGAGCGACAACAGAUCUGAAAUGGACAAUGCCCCCAUGGACACGGAGAACAUAUCUAAACAGAUGGAAGAUGUACACUUAAACGCAAACACACAGCCGAGCAGCGGUGAACACAGUGGCAGUGCUUCAGGGGGUGACGAUGAUUGGACUCAUGUAUCACCUAAAGAAGUAGACCCGUCCACUGGUGAGCUUCAGUCUCUUCAUCUACUGGAUACAGAUGUCCCGAAUCCUUUAGACUCAUCCAGACCCACACAUGCACCCACAGGUCUAAGAGAAGCAGCUCUCUAUCCGCAUCUCCCAGCAGAAGCCGACCCUCAUCUCAUCGAGAGUCUGUCACAGAUGCUGUCCAUGGGCUUCACAGAUGAAGGCGGCUGGCUUACUCGCCUUCUGCAAGCCAAGCAGUACGACAUAGACGCUGCCCUCGACACAAUGCAGUCAGCGCGCAAUCUUCCACGCCAAUAAACUAUUACACCUCUAUGUGCUUUUAUUAUUAUGUUGCCUUCCAUAUAUUCCUAUGAAUUAGCACUGCAGGAAAACUCCUAUGGCCAAAAUGUUCCAAAGUACAGUUAAAUAUAAUUAUGCAAUUCUUGUGCAGUCUUCUUACCUUUUAUUGUCAAUGUGGAGUUUUUUUUUUUUCUCUGAUUAUAUAUGAAGGAAUAAAUGUUUGUCAAUUACUCAGUAGGUUCUUAUUCCCUCUAGAGCAGUGGUCUUCAACCUGCGGACCUCCAGAUGUUGCAAAACUACAACUCCCAGCAUGCCCGGACAGCCGUUGGCUGUCCGGGCAUGAUGGGAGUUGUAGUUUUGCAACAUCUGGAGGUCCGCAGGUUGAAGACCACUGCUCUAGAUGGAGAGCUACAGGUCCCGGGAGCUUUGGAGUAGACGCUGGAACAUUCUCUAUAUAUACAACAUAUCCUUUUAUAUGACAGGACAACUUUCAAAAGUCAUGUAGUCAACGUGAGACAAGUUUGUAGCUGACACUCUUAAAGGGGUACUCUGGUGGAUUAUUUUUUUUUUUUUUUUUUUAAA